AUGUCGCAUCUGCGUUUAACUACGCUCGGCCGUAGUCUUCGUCGUGCUCACAUACUAUCAACUCAACCUGCCUUACGACUCUCGCUUCUGUCUCCUCUGGGACAACAGAGGGCUAACUAUGUGGAGUUUGGUAAACCUCGUGUGAGCGAUCCUAUGAUCGGGGAUUAUCCGAAUAAGCCUUGGGAGCCAAGAGGUUUGAGGCCGGCAACUGGAUGGUGGGAUGAGCAGGAGAGGUUGAAUUUCGACGAAGAGUUACAUGAAGAAGAAGAGGUCAUGAGUCUGUUUUCUACAGACAUUUACACAGAGACAACACCACGGAAAGCAGUAAAAGACUUGUUAAUCUCUGCGGGAGUUGUAGCAUCUAUCGGCUUAAUUGUCUACUUGACAUUGCCUGAGAGGCCAAUGACUCUUAGGACGUAUCCAUUUGAUGGAUUGCGUGUUGAAUUGGGUGGCAAUCCGGACGAUCCCAACGACUUGACAGCUACGGCUCGAGUGUCCACAGAGUGA